AUGGCCCAUACUGACAAUAGUGACCUGGAUCCAUCAUGGCAGGAUCUCGACCGUGCCAUUGGGCAGAUCCUGAUCAUGGGCUGGGAUGGCACCGAAGUCACCCCCCAGAUCAGGAGCCUCAUCGAGGACCAUCACCUUGGAUCCAUCAUUCUCACUGCCAAGAACCUAAAAUCUGCUCAGCAAACCGCUGAACUGGUUCAAGAACUGCAGACCAUUGCAAAGAACUCUGGUCAUCUGCAGCCUCUACUCAUUGCCCUUGACCAAGAGAAUGGAGGUGUUAAUAGUCUUUUCGAUGAAGACUACGUCUGCCAAUUCCCUAGCGCCAUGGGAGUUGCAGCUACUGGCCAUGCCGAUCUAGCGUAUGAAGUCACCAAAGCUACCGCAACGGAGAUCUCGGCUUGCGGAGUCAACCUCAUGCUGGGUCCCGUCCUUGACGUGCUCAACAACGCUCGCUAUCAGCCGCUAGGAGUACGUGCUACAGGCGACGACCCCCAAGAAGUGUCACAAUAUGGCCUUGCCGCCCUCAGAGGUAUCCGAGAUGCUGGGAUAGCGUCAUGUGGCAAGCAUUUCCCAUCAUACGGAAACUUGAACUUUCUCGGCUCAAACUUAGAUGUGCCCAUUAUAACUCAAACACUCGAGGAGUUGAGCAUCAGUGCUCUUGUUCCCUUCCGAAAUGCUAUUGCUUCUGGCAAAUUAGACGCCAUGUUCAUUGGAGGCUGUGGCAUAUCUAACCCGUCCAUGAACGUGAGUCACGCUUGUCUUUCGGACCAAGUCGUGGAUGAGCUACUACGAGACGAACUCGGGUUCAAUGGCGUCGCAAUCUCGGAAUGCUUGGAGAUGGAGGCUCUGAGUCACGAGCUUGGUGUUCAAAACGGCGUUAUCAUGGCCGUCGAAGCAGGCUGUGAUCUUGUCCUCCUGUGCCGUGCCUACGAUGUUCAACUUGAAGCCAUCAAAGGUUUGAAACUCGGUUAUGAGAAUGGCAUCGUCGCUAAGGACAGAAUUUUCACCUCAUUAAGAAGAGUGCUUAACCUCAAGUCGACUUGUACCUCUUGGGAGAAGGCAUUGAACCCUCCAGGCAUUUCUCUUCUCUCGCAGCUUCAUCCAUCUCACCUCGCGCUGUCACUCCGCGCCUAUGAUGACUCGAUAACGAUUAUCCGCGAUAAAGAGAAACUCAUCCCACUUACGGCCUCAAUGCAUCCGGGAGAAGAGCUGCUCUUGCUCACGCCCCUAGUAAAACCGCUUCCUGCCUCUUCACUCACUAAGAAGUUGCUCGCCGCUAAAGACAUCCAAAGCCAAGCAGAGGGCCCACACGAGAUGUGGACACACAAUGAUGGCCGUGACCGCAGAGCUAUUCUGAGCGGCGAGGGUGUCUUCCGAGAGUUUGGCAAAUCUCUUGCUCGUGCACGGAGUGAGAAGUUGCUCCAUACCAGCUACACAGCCAACGGGGUUCGUCCAGUACACGAAAACCUAAUACAUAGAGCUUCAUGUAUCAUUAUUGUGACCGCAGACGCCAACCGGAAUCUUUAUCAGGCUGGCUUCACCAAGCACGUUGACAUGAUGUGUUCUAUGCUGAGAACUAGAGGGCAGAAGAAACAAUUAAUUGUGGUAGCAGUCAGUUCCCCUUAUGAUUUCGCCAUGGAUAAGUCUAUUGGUACCUAUCUUUGUACCUUUGACUUUACCGAGAACGCCUUGCAUGCUCUUGCUAGGGCACUGGUUGGAGAUAUCACACCUCGUGGUACGCUCCCCGGCACAUUGCGCAAGAGUAAGAAGGUGCUCAAAUCUAGACAACACUGGCUGGUCGAGGAGUAUAGCUCAGAACGUGAUGCUUCUGGGCUGAACGAUCUUCUUAGAGCUGUCCACCGAGCAAGCGCUCCUGACUUGCAGUUUUUGCGCACGACAACUGCAGCCUCCUUCCAGCUAAGCAACUCCAACAUCGUGGAGGCACAUUUUGUUGUCCGAAAUAGUAGUACAAAUGCUUUGUAUGGAUUUGUUGCUACCUACUUUGUUCAUGGGAUUGGCAUUUUGGGUGGCGUCUUUGUUGAACCUACCAAGCGCGAUGUGUCUAUCGGAAGGUCACUUCAUCGGCGGGCACUCCGAGGUCUCUCGCAGCGCCGAGGAAUCAAACAAGUCCAAAUCGGCUCGGCGUUUCCUGGAGUUUUCCUUGGCAUUCCCGUUGAUGUUGAGGUAAACACCAUCAAAGAUUGGUUCGCAAAUAGUGGCUGGGAUGUCCAGUUUCCCCGACGCGUGUCAAACAUGGUGAUACAAGACUUGGCAAACUGGUCUGCCCCGGAAGGUCUAUCUCAGAGCAUACAGAGAGCCGGCAUUAGUUUUGAUCUAAUCCACGAUUUGGAAAACGCGGAUAGUGUGCUCAGCCACGUCCGUACUCACGCAAGCCCCGAAGUAUUGGAACUGUACCGUCAUGCGCUAUCACAAUCGCAGUCGAGUGGAAUUGUUCGAGCCAAAGACGCAGCAGGCACUCUAUUGGGCACGGUCAUUGUUUGCAAACAGCACAGCCAUUUGAGAACCUAUUUUCCGUCUUUGGUGUCUCGUUCUGAAGAAAUCAGCGGCAUCCUUGCCCCAGUUGUACCGUCCAUACCCCUCUCAACCAUCACUCUUCAGGGCCUGGCGCUUAUGGGUGUUCGACAAGCUAGAAAUAGCAAAGCAACAAAGGUGAUAUUGGGUUCGGUUGUGGAUGAUGGCACGGAACCCAUGGCAGCUAUGGGCUUUGAGACGCUUCAAGUGUUCGAAGAAAUCACAAACUCUCCAGAGAAUUUCUCAAACUUACCGUAA